GAAGAUGAUCACAUGGUAUUGAGGGAUCACAUGUCAAAAAUGCAUAGAAGUUUGUAACUGUGAUUAGUGUUAGUAAAUGUAGUUCCUUAAGAUAUUUCUCUUUGGAUUAUUUAGUUUUAUAGUGUUUAGAGGAAAAUUAUUGUGUCACUAAUAAAUCAUGGAGGAGAUAAUGGAAGUUCUUACUAGGGAUUAUUUAAAAAUGCAUCGGGACUUCUACGAAUUUGAUUAUCGUAAAGUUUUAGCUUCUCAAAAGGUAGACCCUAAAAGAAUAUUAAAAAAGAGGAACCAGCGAAAUUCAAGGACUUCGUAUCAUGAAAAUCCGCAAUUUCGGAUGUCAAAUCCAAUAAACAGCAAGCAUGCUAAAAACACUGUUUUUUAUCGCCAGCUGGAUUGAUCUUAAUCGAUUGAAUUAAUGGAAUACUAUUCAGUAGCAAGCAGAUCGUUAAUAUAGUGUACUUGAAUGAACGACAUACUGCCUGACAAAGAACUUCAGCUAUUUAUUGUAUUUUCAAUGAUAAAAAUCUGAAAAGAAAAGUGAUUAACUAAAUAAGGAUGCCCCACGGAGAGCCUGAUGCUGUGAAGACCUUGAGCCGAGAAUAUCUCAACAUGAAACGAGACUUCAUAGGCUUAGACUACAAAACAUAUCUCGACAGAAAUGUUAAUGUACAGAAACUUUACUUGAAAAGAAGCAGGAGGAACCUGAGAAAUGUCAUGUAUGUUUUCGAUUCGGUGGAUGUUCUUCAGAAUGUAUUUUAUUGCAAGGACUUGGGGACUUGCCCAGUCCACUACUACAGGCCCAAGUACUUCCCUUCCAAAAGGGAUGAUGAUGAUGAACGGCUCAGGCAGGAAGUGAUGUACUUCAGAAAGAAGGGAUCCGCUGCUAAGAAGAGGAGUAUGUCCAACAUGUUUCUUUGAUUGGUUCUAUACGAUAAUAAAUUUAUUUUAUGAAGAUAAAAAGUACGCUUUAUUGCGAAAAGUUCAACUAUUAUAAAGACUUUUAAUU